UUUGCUCGGAUUACCGUCAUACCGCCGCCCUCUCCCUUGCGCGCCUCCUCCCCAUCAUGUCCACGAUGAUCACCUUUGCCGCCAACAACGAGUUUUUCAGGAAGCGGAAACGUGUCCACCGCGCAUGCGAAUCGUGCAAGAAGCGUCGGAAGCGAUGUAGCCACACCUUCGACGAAGAAGAGGAUGCCGGAAGCUCUACCAAAAACGGACAGCCCGCACCUCACCCUCACCUCACGGACCCAGCUCAACCUCAUCCUGAUGCUACUAGUACUGGGAGCCAGAGGACCGAUGCCCCGAGCCAUGGUGCUCCCCAGAAUAUGGCCCCUCAGUACAGCCCCACCACCGAGGACUCGCGCGCGGAGACGCCGCCCAAUUUCCUGGGCUAUCUCAAUCCCGAAGCCGUGCUCAGGGAACAGGUUCAUUCCGAGAGGGGGGGUAAUGCAACUCAGUCGCCGCCUGUGAUUCCUUCCAUUGGUCAGUGGAUUGAAGGCGAGAACCGGUUUCCCACUGGACAUCAUCAAGGAGCCGUCGAACCGCCACGGUCAGAGGAGACGGGUCCAGCAUGGACUCAAGAGACCAAAGUGCAACGAGCUCUUCAUCAAUGGUUGGAUGCAGUCGGCGUGUCGACUCUGCCUCCUCGUAAGACGCAAGACGCGCUGUGUGACUUGUACUUUGAAUAUGUCCAUCCGCUGUUGCCACUGAUCGACAAGAAUCUCUUCACUCAGCAGUACAACGAAGGGAGAGAAUCGCGUAUACUGAUGCAGGCAAUAUGCAUUGUGGCAUCCAAACAUGCCGAUGCCGCCAGCUAUCUUUGUCUGGCUGACGAUCCUCGACUCAUGGGUCCCCGCGAGUUCUCUCACAGGCUUUACAACGCCGUCAUUGCAGCUAUUGAGGCCAAGCUGGAAAAGAAUCGAGUCAUACUGAUCCAGGUCCUUGCGCUGAUAUCGCUACACUGCGAGGGUCCAGACGGCGCGGAGCAAGCCUCGAUGCAUCUUGCCCAAGCCAUCCAUCAUGCGCAUACUUUUGGUCUUCAAUUCGGACACCAGUGGAAAAAUCAAAAGUCGGAGGAUCAAGAGAACCUCGAAGACGUGUUUUGGUGUCUGUGGAGUCUGGAUAAGAUCAACGCUUGUAUGCACGGGAGGCCGUUGAUCAUGCACGAUCGCGAUAGCAGCUUGACCAAGUUGCCGACUGACCCCGAGAAGCGACAGAGCCCGUUUGGUGUGUGGCUGCAAAUCUCGGAGAUGCUGGACAGAGUCAUCGAUUAUUAUCGCCCAGGUCGAUCGGCGGAGGAAACGGGAUGGGAAGGAGAUGACUUUCUUGGAUUUGAAGAGAUGGUUGGUGAUGGCGAGGACAAGCUUGAAGGUCCCAUUAUGAGUCUUCUAUCGCUCUUCCAUCACACCAUGUGCAUGGCAUCACAUAAAUCACUCUCUAUCAACGCCCCUGUCAAGUCUACUCCAUCCUACACUCGUCAGAGCUUAUCAGCAACUCGGGUCAUCCAUCUCCUCAAUGCCGAAGCCCCUGAACGCCUACCGCCCUUGCCCCUUGUACCUUAUGCUCUAUCUGUUGCUCUGAGUGUGGUAUACCGUCACUUCCGCUCUCGCCGCCUCAAAGUUCACAUCAAUCGGGCAACAGAAGAAAUCAAGCAAUGCGUAACGCUUCUUAACAAACUCCGUCCCGCAUGGUGGUCUGCCGGGACCAUGGCCGACCUAGGUAUGGCGGUUCUAAACAACGCCGACCGCAACACGCGAGCAGCCAACACACCAGCAGCAGCUGUUUCCGAGCAGCCCGAGAACCCGCAAUCGUCACAUCAACACCAUCGUCAGCAUCACCAACAGCAGCCACAAUUCCAACGCAUGCAGAACCAGCAACAACACUCAGCCACUCACCCCCCACCUCCGUGGCCAAAGCACGAAGAGGGUACCAACACCGCACUACCUAUCGACCCUCGUCUCCAACAACACCACCUCCACCACUCACUCUCCGCACCCCCGCAUCGAGGAAGCCCAAGUCCAACAACAACAAUGACAAAUCUCCUCAACCCCGUCCCCACCCCUCCCCCCACAUCCUCGUCAUCAACAACAUCAACAACAACAACCUCCAUGCUCCCAGGCCAACACCCAACAAGCAGCGAACGCAUCUCCAACCACCGCGGCCAACUCUCUUCUUCUUCUCUUCCCCAAUCCCAGCACCUCUCCCAUCCCCAUCCCCCUCCUCCUCCUCCUCCUCCUCCUCCUUCGCAUCAACAUAACCCGCAAACCCCCCAGCAACAGCACCUCCCCACCCCCACAGGCGGAUCAGCAACCGAAACUCCAAUCGCCUUUGACGCGUUUCCCGACGCUAGCCCCGAUUGGCUGAACUUCGACACCGCGUUUGAGAAUUUCGAGGGCUUGUUGGGGAGUAGUGGCGCGGAUUUGAGUCAUGAGCUUUUUCGCCCGUUGGGGUAUGAGGGGCUUGAGGGGGUUUGGUUGGAGCACGGUGGGAAUGGCGGGAAUGGGAAUGGAAGUGGAAACGGAGGAGGAUAGAAUAUGAAAAAGAGUGGGGAGUUGGCAAGAAAGUAAUUCAAUGGAUGAAAACGUGCGAUAUGUGAAGCGGGGGGGGGGGGGAAAGAGGGUGUGUUUGCGUCUAUGUCUGCGUCUGUGUGGGUGUCGUUCUCGAUGCUUAUACCUUUUCUUGUCUUGUUUUUUCUUUUUUUUACUCCUAUUUCGAGUUCAUGUGUAUACAUCUGUGUAUAUCGCCUUUUGUUUUUCAAAUUCCUACCUUGUUUUCAGGGUUUCACAAUUUCCCUUCCCUCCUAGCGUACGUAAUCUUUCUCCCUUCCGGUCAGCAUAUUCAAAAAUACAAGCCUCGCAAUCUUUUUUCUACGCCAUUCUUCAGGGUGUAGCAGCUCUUAGCUUAAUU